CGGACGAGUUGUAACAAAGUUGUCGUAAAUAUUGGUGUUCAAGUAUAUUUAUUUAUUAUGAAAAUAUGCUGCUCAGGGAUAUAGUAAAUGGAAAAGAACCAUCGUCAUGUAUCAUUCUUCAAGAUUCUUUGGAAGCAAGUGCAAGACCUUUAAUGUUGUCUUUUAUGAAAUCACUACUUGACAGGGUGGAUUUCGUGUGCCUUGUUUGCUUUGAGCUUCCACCAUGCAGGAUUUUGAAUGUCUUCAAAACUGAAAACAAAUCGAAGUUGUUACMAAUAGAUGGAUUUUCAAAUUAUCUACAGUGGGAUGGCAGUGAUAACCAAUGUGACAAUCCUCAGUUAUUCUUUGAUUCCAAUAUAACUGAUGUGGUAAAAAAAGCUGUAAACAGAAGGUSCUCAAUGAUAAAAUCUGAAAGCCCAGUAAAGGUUGCCAUAGUAAUAGACAGUAUYAGUAAACUUAUCAAUAAGUCAGUAUCGCAGACCUGUCAAAUGCUGCAUUGCUUAUCACAAGGUGACAGAGAUAAUGGUGGGUACAUUGUUGACCAAGUAAUAUCAAUUGUACAUUCUGACCUUCAUGACAGCCAAUCAYUGGAAACACUCUGUUCAAUAGCAUCAUCUGUGCUGCAUAUUCUACCAUCUAUGGUAACUCCCCAUCAGUCAGAUCCAGAAUAUGAAGAUAAAUCGGACGAGAUGGAAAAUUAUUGUAAAACAUUGCAUAUCAGGAAAACUGGAAAAGUUUUAAAAAAGAAACAAAAGUACACAAUAAGUAGUCAUCAGUUUGAACUUACCGAGUUUACAGAAGAAGACUGGAUUCCAAAGGCAAAAGUUCAACCAGAAGCAGAAAAGCAAACUUCAAAAACUGUUGAUCCACUCUCAGAUCUCACGUUCAACUUAAAAUUAACAAAACGAGAGGAACAAGACAGAGCUAAUACACAUUUACCCUACAUGCAUCAUGCUCCCCCAGCUCAGGUCAAAAUCCACCAAAAUCAAGUGAAGGAGAGCCAAAUCUUUUAUCAGCCAGACGAAGCAGAUGAUUUUGAUGAAGAUGAUCCUGAUGAUGACCUUGAUAUAUAAGAAUAUUAUUAGAGUAUUUAUAUGGUUUCUGAUGGAAUAAAAAGUCUCUGAGU